GGGGCAGCAGCGCGCGGGCAGAUGCUACGCUCCCCCUCAGGGAAAAUAUAACGGCGAGAAAGAUUCAGCAUCAACAGUGCGAGACUAGCAGAGAUAUUUGGCAGUGCCGCUUGUGACAAAGCUUUGAAAAAUGGACACAAGAGCCUGGAGGAAUCCGUACCACGACUACGAUGGCAACCCCGCGUCCACACAGGCGCUGUUCGACUGCCAGGGAAAGCUCACAGCAGAGUUUGCACAGCGGCUCAGCAGCAAGAUCAGCGAGCUUUUAGCUGUGAUGGAGAACGGGCUCAAGACUGCCGACCAAAGAGAUUGCACCACUUACACCGGCUGGGCAGGCAUUGCUCUGCUCUACCUGCACCUCCACAACGUGUUCAGGGACGACUCCUUGCUUCAGAGAGCUCUGGAGUACGUCAACCGCAGCCUGAAGUGUUUGACCCGUCGCCAUGACGUCACCUUCCUGUGCGGGGACACCGGGCCCCUCGCUGUAGCUGCUGUGGUCUACCAUCGCCUGCAGAGGGUGCAAGAGACCGAUGAGUGCAUCAACAGACUGCUGCAGUUUCACCAGAACGUGGUGAAGGGUGCAGGCGGGCUGCCUGAUGAGCUGCUCUAUGGGCGGAUGGGUUACCUCUACUCCCUCGUCUUUGUCAACCAGCAGCUGGGGCAGGACAGGAUCCCCCUGCAGUACAUCCAGCAGAUCAGCGAGUCCGUGCUGGUGUCAGGCGAGCACCUCAGCAGGAAGUUCAGGGUCCAGAACCACAGCCCUCUGAUGUACGAGUGGUACCAGGAGCAGUAUGUCGGCGCCGCCCACGGCCUGGCCGGCAUCUACUACUACCUCAUGCAGCCCGGCUUCGUCUGCGUGGAGGAGUACGUACACAGGCUGGUGAAGCCCAGCAUCGACCACGUCUGCCGCCUCAAGUUCCCCACAGGAAACUACCCCCCCUGCAUCGGGGACGACCGCGACCUGCUGGUGCACUGGUGCCACGGCUCCCCGGGGGUGGUGUACAUGCUCCUGCAGGCAUACAGGGCCUUCGGAGUACCCCAGUACCUGGAAGACGCCCUGCAGUGCGGCGAGGUGGUGUGGCACUGCGGCCUGCUGAAGAAGGGGUACGGCCUGUGUCACGGUGCGGCGGGGAACGCCUACACCUUCCUGGCCCUCUACCGGCUAACGCAGGACCCCAAGCACCUCUACAGAGCCUGCAUGUUUGCCGACUGGUGCAUGAACUACGGCAAACAUGGAUGCCGAACACCGGACACUCCCUUCUCACUUUUCGAAGGCAUGGCGGGCACCAUCUACUUCCUGGCUGACAUCCUGCAGCCCAUGAAAGCAAGGUUCCCGGCUUUUGAGGUGUAAAGUCCCCCCCCCUCUGUCCCCCCCCCCCCCAGGUAGUCCUCUUCCCUCUUCGCCCCCUUCCCCUCCUUUUCUUUUCCCCCACUCCAUACUGUUGGAAAACAUAAAAAGGAAAAGAUACACCCCUCCCUCCCCCACACACACACUUUUGCUCUCUGUCACACUCAUGCAUGAAAGCACCACAUUCACAACAAUUGACAUUGUGCCAUGUGUUUUCCUGCUCUAUCGGGAACUUUACAUGUUAUAAAGGGGAUAAGUCCUAUACUCGCAUCUCGACCACAUAAUUGUCUCAAACAAGUCAAAGGUGAGAGCUUGCCUCGAUUUUUCGUUCAUUUGUGUAUAAAAUAAUUAAAUUCUGUGGCUGUUGCUCAGAUUGUGACUUCUUUCGAGGGUUACAGCAAAAAGGAGGGAAACUAGUUUUCUGGCUGUAAAAAAAAAAAAUAAACUAACAAAAAAAACACAUAAAACAUCAAAAGAUCCAAAAAUAUGAUGUUAACUCUAAAUGGUGUUUUGUUAACACUCAGCAACUGUAUAUUUGCUCAUCUGUAAGCUCGAUAUGUUAAAGAUGGAAAUGGAUGCUUUUGUUUGUUUUUGGUUUCCUUUCAGAGUCAACAGCAAAGCUAGUAACAACGCACUUAAUAUAAUGCAGUCCCAGCUGUGCCAUGUGUUAAGGGAUUGACCCCAGAGUGUAAACUGUUGCCUGUCCUUUGCACUGUCUGAGCAAUAAACCAUGUGUCUUUUUA